UACGUCACAUGGUGCGCAGGGCAGACAGCCAUUGCACUGAGCUGAGCCUGUAUCAUCAUGGCUUGUCCCAUAUCAGGCGAACCCCGGGCUUUGGGGCCUGGUGAAGAUCAUCCAGAGUCUGCAUCAGAGACCAGGGCGCCCGUUCGGCCCCAGCCGCCUCAGCAGCACCUUCAACCGGCGUGCGUGAGCGCUGCUACCGCGGUCAUGGUGGAGGCUCUGGAUGAUGCAGAGGGAUUGUUUGUAGCCGUGGAGAGAUGUCCGCUCUGCAACACGGCCAGACGCAGACUGACCUGCGCCCGCUGCAUUCAGAAUGGCGAUUUCGUAUAUUUUGACGGGAGAAAUCCAGAGAGGUAUUCUGAAAAACUUGAAAGACUUCAAAAGCUGAAAAAUGAAAAGGAAAAUCUUCAACAGAGAGUCAUCAAAGCCAUCGACAAGAAGGUCCAGGCAGACCAGCUUAGGUGGAAAAUCAUGUCAUGCAAGAUGAAAAUCCAGCAACUGAAGGAGGCCAUCUGCACCGGCAAUGAAGAAGUAAAGAGUGGCAAGGAGUUAUCAUUGCGUUCCCAGGAGGAAGGGCAGCGACUGCAGCGCAGGGCCAGCCGACACCAGGAAAAGAGGGACAAAAUUAAGCGCCAUAACCAACGCCUCGGCGAGCUCCUUGAGAAGAGAUCCAAAGAGCUGCAGGGAAGGCUGGAGGUCCUGGCUGAAGUGCGGAGAGAGCAUAUUCUGGAGCUCACCAGUCACAUCUUCAACAUCCAGGAGGAGAAGCAGGGCAGCAGGGACCCAGCAGAAGCUGAGAAUGACCUUGCUCUGACCUCCAGCACCGUCAGUGAACUCGCAGAGGCGAGGAGAAUCACCUACAGCUCAGGUCGCUGGAUCUGGGACGAUCAGAAUGGAGAGACGAGCAUCAGUAUCACUGGGCCGCACGUCACACUCCCCAGUAAUGGAGAUUGCUCAGCAUAUUACAGCUGGGUGGAGGAGAAGAGUGGAAAUCAGGGGCCAGAGUUGGACCACAUCAACCCGGCGCACACGAUCAGCGCAGCCCUUUGCUAUGCCACACAGCUCGUCAAUAUCCUGUCUCAUAUUCUAGAUGUCAACCUUCCGAAAAAGUUGUGCAACAGUGAGUUCUGUGGCGAUAAUCUGACCCGUUACCGAUUUACCCGUGCUGUAAACAAACUUAACACCAACAUCCUGCACCUCUGUUUCUCACAGCAUGUCGACAGCGAACUGCUCCAUCCUCACCACACUUUGAGGAAUAUCAUGUUUCUAGUGUCUCCAGCAAACAAGAAACUUGGCAGAACCGGGCCGUUUGAGGUGAGCGCAGACUUGGAAGACUCUAUGGAGUUUGUUGAACCAGAAGCGGCAGGACCGGCAGAGGAGAGCGGAGACGAGGCGGUGACGGAUGAAGAAACAGACUUGGGCACAGACUGGGAGACGGUUCCAAGCCCUCGCUUUUGCGACAUCCCUUCCCAGCCUAUGGAUCUUUCCCAGAGCGGCAUGCAGGCGUCCCAGCCAGUUGGCAACGCAGGGGGCAUGAUCUCCUCCGCGGCCGCCUCCGUCACGUCCUGGUUCCGCGCCUACACUGGGCAGCGCUGAGAUCCGGUGGAUGUGGGGGUGGUUUAAACUGGUUAGACCUAUGCAAACACCCCAUUACUGUCAUCCUCGCUUAUGUCAGCUCGGUUAUUGGGAGAAAUAAAGGGAAAUUUUCAUCUGACUGCUUGUACUAAAUAAAUGUGUGGUAGAAACCAGAGCGACGCAUGUGAUCUUUAGAAACAACUUUCCUGUGGUUUUAUUGCAGGAUGGAAGAGUGUAUUGAACUACUUUUGCAUCUUUUGUAGCUCACAUUAUACUGUAGACACCAGUCAACUUCAUCCAGUGUACAUUGCCAAAUAUUUUA